CUCGACUUCCAUCGAUGAGUACAAAUCGAGGCACACGAUUCGUAAUUAGUAUAUUUUAGCAUAAAACAAAAAAAAAAUUAAAAAAAAAAACCCGGUUCGUUAUUGUUUUUCUUGAUUGUGAAACAUGGAUACUUUACGUUUUUUAACAUUGUGUUUGUGCAUUUUUGUUCCCUUUGUUUACGGCCAAGUGCAACCAUCGAAACCUACUGCAGAACCUGUUUCUCAGGUUUGUCUAGGAUGUAUUUGUGAAGCAUCGUCUAAUUGUAAUACAACUCUCAAAUGUGAUGGAGAAGUUUGUGGGCCUUUUCGAAUAACUCGGGCCUAUUGGAUUGAUUCUGGAAAACCGACAUUCAACAACGAAUCACCUAGCACGGGAGAAGCUUUCGCAAAUUGUGUCAACGACGUUUUCUGUGCCGCUCAAGCAGUUCAAGGUUACAUGGCUAAAUAUGGACAAGACUGCAAUGGCGAUGGUAAAAUUGAUUGUGAUGAUUAUGCUCGAAUUCAUCGUCAUGGUGGAUUUGGAUGUUUUGCUCCCUUAGAUCCAGCAUAUGAAACACCAUACAAACAGUGUACUGCAACAUUCGGCUAAUCAUAGAUAUAUAAAUAUUAAUAAAUCGUCUUAUUAAUAUUUAAUUAAGUAAAAUUCAUUUUCGUUAAUAUGCAUUUUUCGCUACAUUAUAUUUUUUAAGAAAAAAUUUAUUGUUAAAAUUUUAAAAAUAAAUGAAUCUAAUAUGAUUUUUUUAGUAAAA